AGCAGCUACACAAUCCCUGUCUCUUCUGGAGUAAAAGAAAAUUAUGAUAGGUGGCUCUCUUCUCUUACUAAACUAAAUGGGGUGAUACAAACUUGGAUGUAACAUGGCAAGACAAAUCAGAAGCUCUCUCUAGAGCUACAGAUUACCAAGAAGAUUACAAUAUUGGCUCCGGAAGAAAAACGCAACUGGAUUUUUGCUGUGUGUUAGAAGAAAGCCAUCACACGCUCACUUGAAAAUGAAGAGACUUUCGUGGACAUGGGCUUUGCUGUUAUUAUUAUUAGUACCCAACGGACACUAUACGAAACAAUCUAAACUAAAAAACUCUCUAAGACGUCACCCACGUUCCACAGAAGGGGGAGAUGAAGGAAGAAAGUGUAGCUACACAUUUAUUGUCCCUGAACAAAAAAUAACUGGACCAAUUUGUGUCAACACAAAAGGACCAGGACCAGAGAGUAAAAAAGAUGAAAUUACAAGGAUGGACAUUGAGAAUCUGAAGGAUGUGUUAUCUAAGCAAAAACGAGAGAUUGAUCUCCUGCAGCUAGUGGUAGAUGUGGAUGGGAAUAUAGUGAAUGAAGUAAAGCUGCUGAGAAAAGAAAGCCGUAACAUGAAUUCCCGGGUCACUCAGCUCUAUAUGCAGCUUCUGCAUGAGAUCAUUCGCAAACGGGACAACUCACUUGAGCUUUCCCAGCUGGAAAACAAAAUCCUCAAUGCUACAACAGAAAUGUUGAAAAUGACAACAAGAUACAGAGAACUUGAAAUAAAAUACGCAGCACUAACUGAUCUUGUAAAUAAUCAGUCUGUCAUCAUCUCUUUAUUGGAAGAGCAAUGCUUGCGGAUAUUCUCACGACAGGAUACACAUGGCUCUCCACCAUUAGUUCAGGUGGUACCUCAUCACAUUCCUAACAGCCAGCACUACACCCCAGGACUCUUGGGAAGUAAUGAAAUACAGAGAGAUCCAGGUUAUCCUAGAGACAGAGAUGUAAGGCCACCUCCUGAUCCAGCUACUUCUCCUACAAAAAGCCCUUUCAGGAUCCCACCAUUGACUUUAAUCAAUGAAGGUCCAUUUAAAGACUGUCAACAAGCCAAACAAGCUGGCUAUUCCAGCAGUGGGAUUUAUAUGAUCAAGCCCGAAAACAGCAACGGACCAAUGCAAUUAUGGUGUGAAAACAGCCUUGAUCCUGGGGGUUGGACAGUUAUACAGAAAAGAACAGAUGGUUCUGUAAACUUCUUCACAAACUGGGACAAUUACAAGAAAGGAUUUGGAAAUGUUGCUGGAGAAUACUGGCUGGGACUGGAAAAUAUUUUUUUGCUUAGCAAUCAGGACAAUUAUAGACUUCUAAUUGAAUUAGAAGACUGGUCUAAUAAGAAAGUCUAUGCAGAAUACAGUAGUUUCCGCUUGGAGCCAGAAAGUGAAUUCUACAGAUUACGUCUUGGCACCUAUCAGGGGAACGCUGGUGACUCCAUGAUUUGGCACAAUGGGAAACAGUUUACAACACUGGAUCGAGACAGAGACAUGUACACAGGAAACUGUGCCCACUUUCAUAAAGGAGGUUGGUGGUACAAUGCUUGUGCUCAUUCUAAUCUCAAUGGAGUGUGGUACAGAGGAGGACAUUACAGAAGCAAGCACCAAGAUGGAAUUUUUUGGGCUGAAUACAGAGGUGGCUCAUACUCACUAAAAGCAGUUCAGAUGAUGAUCAGACCCAUUGACUGAGGAACUCUCAAAACAAACUCUUGUGAUCAAACUUCAGGCAGAUACUGUGUUUCAUGUUGUUUUGCACAGUUUAACCUUACAAAGGGCAGGGCCUACGAAAUAUUCUUUUCAGUAUGUCUGUGAUAUUCCGUGUGUUAAUUAUACAAGUCUGAAUAGCUCACAAAGCAAGCAGGAGGCUGCAUUUAAAUCUGUUAAUAUUAGAUGUAUGGGCUUUAACAGCAGCAGCAAAACCUAUCAGUUCUAUAGACUACAGUGAAAUCAUGGAUGCAGAAUGGUUGACCUUUGAAACUUAAGUUUGUGAAACUGGUAUUGUGUGCUAGUGUACAGAUAAAUAGUUUUAAAUCUAUGAAAAUGAACUUAAGUUUUUAUUUCAAAGAUUAUUUCCAGUGAAACAGACGCACAAUGGCAACAGACAAAGAACUGGAGAGAAGAUCUAGUUCUGCAAACAUAUUUUACAUCAAAUAAAGCAUUAUUAUUUCAAUCUGACAA